GCCUGCCUAUCAUCAUUCUUCAGCAGUAUCCCCACGGCAAUCAACCAAGAGAUGCCGGAAGACGUGUUGAUGCUUAUUCUAUCUCGUCUCCCCGUGAAAUCCCUCCUCCGAUUCAAAUCAGUCUGCAAAAACUGGUACUCUCUCAUCCAAAGCCCUUGCUUCAUCUCCCUCCACAACAAUCGCUCCCCAAAAAAGGAAUCCCUCCUCGUCAAACGUUUAAUCAAACCCCAUCCGACAUUCUCCCUGUCCUUGGUCUCCAACGAAACUCCAAUCCACGAUCUUGACGUGCCUUUCGUUAGUCCCCGCUUUCAUGAUCUCCACCUAUCCGGCUCUUCCAAUGGGGUCGUUUGUCUCACCGAUCCCUCCACCAAAAUUAUCAUGUUAUACAACCCCGCAAUGAGAGAAUUCAGGCUACUCCCUCAACCCUAUUUUGGUAUUGAUAACAUUUGUAACGGUUUAGGGUUUGCUUUUGAUCCCAAAACCAAUGAUUAUAAAGUGCUUAUAGUCGUCCGACUUUAUAAAACCAAUGAUCGAAGAGUUCAAAUCUAUGAUACAAGUACCGACUCGUGGAGAGAAAUCGUUGCUAUAGUUCCAAAAGAUAUACAAUUCUGUUCUCGGCCUUACCGUUUGACAUGGUUGGAUGGGGUGUUUUACUGGGUGGCUAGUGAUCCCAAUAGUAGUUACUAUACAAUUAUUGCUUUCCACAUGUUCGAUGAAUUGUUUGAACAAGUAUUUUUACCCGAGGUUUUUAGGAUUGCCUCUGUGUGUAGCCUUAGCGUUCUGAGGGGCUCCCUUGCCCUUGUUACUUCGGAGCUUGGCAGUUUGACUGCAGAGUCGUGCCUUGACAUAUGGGUAAGGGAUGGGAACGGAGUUAAGGAUCCUUGGAAUAAAAAAUACAGUAUCGGACCAAAAUUGAGACUGCAUGAUUUGUUGGGAUUUCGGCAAAACGGCGAGCUUCUUCUCUCGUGGGGGGGCGAUUUCCAGAUGGUGUCAUACAAUCUUAGUACCCAAAACAUUAAAGAGUAUGAUCUGAGAUCAAUAAACUUUGAAGUUCUUUCCUACACAGAGAACUUAGUUUCAGUCAAGAGAUGUGUUUACUGAGCCACGAUUUGUGCAAAUUAAGCAACCUGCUCUUUAUAUGUAUUCUUUCAUAAUGUCGCAGAUUAACAGUUGAGUUGCAGGGAUAUUUUUAUCUCUGUGUUCCUUUUCUUUUAUAAUCUGAAUUAGCUACUUUGCUUCUGAUGAUAUUAUUGUUAGGGAAACUGAGAAUUAUAUAUUAUUGAGUUCUUGAUAUA